AUAACGCAAUUCCGCAGUUUAUGUCACACUGAGAAGAAAUUUGAGGAGCAGAUAAUGGCUGAUGCUGGAGAAGAUGUUGAUGAUCCACCCAGUAUGAGCUGCCCACUGGUGACUGUGUCACAUCUCCCAAACACUACUGAAGCUGGGCGUAACCUGAAGGAAUGGCUCCAGGAGCAGUUCUGUGAUAAACCCUUGGAACAGUGUGAGGACAUGCGUCUACAUAACGCUGCCUAUGUGGGAGAUUUGGAGACUAUAAGGACUCUCCUGCGAGAAGACAGCUUUAAACAGCGGAUCAAUGAAAAGUCAGUAUGGUGCUGCGGGUGGCUGCCCUGCACACCCCUGCGUAUCGCUGCCACGGCCGGUCACAGCGAAUGUGUGCAUUUCCUGAUCUCCCAGGGAGCCGAAGUAGAUUUAGUAGACGUGAAGGGGCAGACCGCUAUGUAUGUGGCUGUGGUUAAUGGCCAUUUGGACUGUGUGAAAAUCCUUCUGGAAGCUGGCGCUGAUCCGAAUGGCAGCAGACAUCACCGAAGUACCCCUUUAUACCACGCUGCACGCGUGGGUCGGGUGGACAUCCUACAAGAACUGAUCAGGUUUAAUGCUGAUGUCGAUGUAGACCACCAGCUCGGCCCCAGACCCUUGUUCAGUGCCCGCAUUCUGACAACUCUGGUGGUCUGUCCGCUGUACAUCAGCGCUGCGUAUCACCACCUCCAUUGUUUCCGGAUGCUUCUACAGGCUGGUGCCAACCCAGACUAUAACUACACCGGCCCCGUGAGCAGAGAGGUGCUGACCAGAGGCCUGGCCUCGUGUCUUCUGGAUGCGGUCCUGAGACACGGCUGCGAACCUGCAUUUGUAAGCUUGCUGCUGGAUCACGGCGCUGACCCAUGGCUGGUCCCGUGGGAUGAGCCUGAUUCCGAUGCUGUGGGUCGUGUACGGGUCAAUCCUGAAGCUCUCUGCAUCUACCAGGAGGCCAGAAGACGCCCGAGGAAAUUGACGCAUAUGUGUCGUAUUGAGAUCCGGAGGGUCAUGGGGAAGCAUCGCUUGUCACGCAUCUCAUCUCUUCCGUUGCCAGACACCAUUAAGAACUUUCUUCUCCACAAGGAGUGAGGUGGAUCUGCUGCUUCAUUCAGACAGUAUUUAACUCACAGGUGUGACUGUGGACACUCACUUCCAGCACUGAUAGACAGACAUUUGACAGGUAACUGAAGGUUAUGGGAAGGCCAUGAAUCUGAAAACUUUUACUGCACUGAUUUUGAGGAAAUCUAAAGUGAAAUAUGGUAAAAUCUAUUAAACCGAAUUGAGAGUGUAGCAUUACAAAUAUAGCAUUCUCAGAAAUAAAGUUACAAAAGCUUUCACUGGGGCAGUGCUGGUACCCUUUCAAAAAGUACGCAUUUGCACCUCAAAGGUUUUAUUUUAUUUUAGUACCUGGUUAAAAAAGGUACAUAUUAGGACAUUUUAACUGUCGUAGUGACAGCUUGUAUACCUUUUUUCUGACACUGUGGCAUCGAGCAUACUCCAAUUACAUUCAUAAAUAUGUAAAAAUCACACUUGGGUGAUUCUCACAAAAUCCAGACUUAGAAGGUGUCCAACAUCAGAUUUUUUCAAAAGCCCUUGAAGCCAUUUUUUCCCCGCACAUAUAAGAUUAAGGUCUGAACUUACUAUAACCAUUAUUUUUAGAGGAUUUAAAAAAUAUUUCCUAUAGAAUUAUUUUCUUUUUUUAGAUUAUCAUUAUCAAAAAUUAUCAUUACCGCAACAUGAUAUUACAUUAAUGAGAACUAAAAAGUUGUCUAGGUGCUAUGACAAACAAAAUUUUAUCUGGAGACAAAAAAUAAGAACUGCUAACCUGGUAGCCAUCUUGAGUGUCACAGUCAAUUAUGUCCCUUCCAACUAUUUAAAAAAAAAAAAAAAUGUGUUCCUUGAGGGCUUAAACAAUGAUUGAAAAUUGUUGCGGAGGAUGAGAAAAUUGGUUUUGGACACAUUUAUAUUCCUUAUUAUUGUCUCUACAUUUACCAAUGAUCACCAAAUACAACAUGUUUCUUUACUGUAAAUGUUUAUAGUAUAACAUGCACUGAAGCUUUUUAUUUUUUAGAUUUUUUUAAUUAUAAAUAUUUCCAUGUUAAAGAACCCAAAUCCAGUCAUGGACAUGUUACGGUAAUGAAACUUUUUCCCUUAAAUCUGGAAAAAACAACACAAUUGGUUUGUAUGAUGUCAUUUUAAAUCAUGUGCAAAAUAGUACAUGAAGAGAUGUUUGUAACUGUAUGCUUCUUAUUUUGAUACUCUUACUUUGCAUUUACUUUUUUUAUCAAAAUGUUUCAUGACACCUCAUAAGUCUAAUUUUGUGAGAAUCACCCACUUUUGUUUGUGGGACCUACCGUUCUUGCGCAAACACACCGAAAGUGCAAACGUGACAACUUACCCCAUAGGUGGGGUUAAUUGUAACAAACAGAGGGUUUGUUAUAACAUCUGCGAGAAAUUUUGUUUAAACACGAAUAAUUCAAUAAAAUGCUGUCUUUAUACUAAAGGUGGAUAUUGUUUAUAUAUCUGCCUAUAACAUUUACCAUGAUCGUUCAUCUAAUCAUCCUUGUAUUGUGCAUCAAUGCAUAUAAAUAGAUUUUUUGAAAGGGUUGCACGAUUAAGACACAAAAUCAUAAUUGUGAGCUAUUUCCCCUGAUAUUAUUUUGAUGAAUAGUAUUUACAUUGUUUUCAUUAUCAUUGUAUAGACGGUUUCAUCGGACGCAAGUGCGGUGACGUGAUAGGUGUCUGGUUCGAAGUUAACGUCCGGUUUCAGUUUUCUUUUGGUCUGACUAGUUGCUAAACUGAACUUUUGAACAAAUACCUCGUCGAAAAUAACAAAUGUUUUGGUUUCCCAGGUAAUCUACGUGUUGUUUAUUUUGCUCAUUAUAUAAAUAAACUACGUUUAAAGUACUUUAUUUAAAGUAUUAUUUAUUCUUAGCGGAAUUUACCGGAAGUGACGUGUUGACCACGAAAGCCGCUUGUUUAUGUUGUUACUGCUGAAACCGUCUAUACCUGAGACUUAAUGGUAACACUGUGUGACAAUAAACCCAACUGUGUAAAAAAUGUUUCAAUCCCAGCUAUCAGUCACUAGGCAGUCCUUACAGAAAAACACAGAGCCUUUUUUGUGAUUGUUGGGGGCAAAAAUCCUUGAUCUUAAGGCACGUUUUCUUAAAAAAAGCGAUGGUAUAUACGGGAUAUGUAUGCAGUUUUAUGCGAUGAAUGCAAAAGGUUUUCAGCUUUUGCAGCUUUUCAAUGAUGUUCACGUCACAUAAUCAUGGCAACCCAUGGCAACAGAGGACAUGGCUGCGCUUGUGUGAGGAAAAUGCAAAAUUUUUCAACGUCAUGCUAAGAGAUGUGAUUUUUGCUACGAAAAUGCUGGGAUUAUGAAAUCAUGCAAGCCCUGCAUAUUUUGCGCAUGAAAAUCUGCAAUUUAUGCUGCGAAAGUGUGGCGUAUUUGAAAAAAAUGCGUCCCCCGCGUAACUAUGCAGACUUUGGCUGAUUUUGCGUUAAAUCACGUUUUUUUGGAGGGACUGACUAGGAAUUGCUGACAUGUUUCAAAAUGAACGAGAAACAUUAAUAAAUUAAAUUAAAUAUUAAAUGUUUUUUGGUUUCCCGGACAGGGUUUAGCUUAAGCCAGGACUAUGCCUUGGUUUAAUUAGGAAAUAUUACUAGUUUUAACAAACACGCCUUACUAAAAACAUACUUGUGUGCAUUUUGAAGCAAAACAAAGGGCACUGAUUUAUUUUAAAUAUGUUGUUUUCAGUUUGGAAAGCUCUUACAUUUAUUAAGUCUAGGACUAGUCUAAUCCCUGUCCGAGAAACCGCCCCUAUAUUAAAACUUUUAAGUUUGGAUUAAUUGUAAUUUAUAAAUAUUUUUUACUUUAAAGGGUACAUUUCACAAGACAAGUACGGUUGGAUUUUGUGACUUACACACUCAACUUUACAUAAAAGUAAAGGAAAGUACUUUUAUGCCUCCAAACACUCUUUGUUCAAUAUCUAAAC